AUCAGGAGCAUAGAAAUGAACUCCGAGUGAACAUUUGACUCUCGGUCGGUAAAUUGGAAUCAGACGGGGCAGUGUUUUUUUUUUCUCCGAUUCGAUUGAACAGUGUCGCGUGGAGAGGUGGCGUGUUAUUGUUCCCGUUUUGCUGUCCUCAGUUUGGUGAUCAGAUUUCAAGCUUCCCCGUAGCUAACCUUUUUACACCGCCUCCCAUCGUAGGCCAGCAGGUUCAUGCGCAUUGUUGACGAUAGGUAGCAGCAUUGUUGUAGGUGUUGGUGGGAUAGAGCAGUGCCGUGUGUAGUUGUGUGUGUGUGUUUGUGUGUGUAUGUGUUUGUGGACAAUCUCUCAUCGUCAGGGCAGGUAAUCGCGGAUCAUAACAGCGCGUUUGAAGCGGGUUGGUGUUGUUAGACCCUUCACGACCCAUUCGCAACUCAUCCUUACUGCUGUCGUUGUCGCCGUUGGUCGCCGUCAAGCAAAGAAAGCGCAACGCGCGUGAAGGUGGAAGCGUGUAAAAGGGUGUGACACGAUAAGGGGAUCAGAUCAUCAUAUCCGGACCUUCGGACCAGACCGAUCAACCUGCCCUAGGUGUGUAGUGCCAGUGUUUUAGCUUCGAUCAACCGUCUCUGAGUAGCGCUUUGUUUGCGAGUUUGCGAGAACCAGUACCGGACGAUGGCACCGAAUCUGAGCAAGCUGCUGUCGAACCAGAACGCCGUAGUCGGUGUUGCCGGAUGUACUGCGGCAGCCUGCAUCAUACUGUACGGUAAACAGAUCCACAAGAAUCGCAAGCAGCGACCGGAGGAUGAGAUACAAUAUCUAAUCAGCGACAAAAAAGAAAAGCGCAGCCCGAAGGCCCAUGUCAAUGCCGUUUUCUUUAACCAGCUGCGCGCACUAUUAGGCAUCAUCAUACCGAAGGCAUGGAGCGUCGAGAACGGAUUGCUCAUCGUGAUUGCUUUGUCGCUUAUUGCCCGGUCGGUCAGCGAUAUCUGGAUGAUACAGAAUGCGACGGCGAUCGAGAGCACAAUCAUUACGAUGAACAAGAAGCAGUUCCGGACGGCGUUGGUGAAAUACCUUUCCGCCUUGCCUGCGAUCGCAGUCGUAAACAAUGUUCUAAAAUGGAGCAUAGGAGAGCUAAAACUACGCUUCCGUACGAACCUGUCGCAAUAUUUAUACAACGAGUACCUGAAAGGAUUCACCUACUACAAAAUGUCAAACUUGGACAACCGGAUAGCGAAUGCGGACCAGCUGCUGACGACGGAUAUUGACAAGUUCUGCGAGAGCGUUACCGAUCUGUACUCGAACAUUUGCAAACCAUUGCUAGAUAUCGUGAUUUACGUGUACCGGCUGACGACUAACCUCGGCGGUACGACGCCAGGUAUUCUGCUGCUGUAUCUGUUCUUCUCCGGUGUGUUCCUUACCAACCUGCGCAAACCGACCGGCCGGUUGACGGUGAUGGAGCAGAAGCUGGAAGGCGAGUUCCGGUAUGUGAACAGCCGAUUGAUUACCAACUCGGAGGAGAUUGCCUUCUACAAGGGUAACAACCGGGAGAAGUUAACGAUACUGGCGAGCUUUAACAAGCUUGUUGCGCAUAUGCGCAAGUUCCUAGAAUUCCGCGUCGGUAUGGGCAUUGUGGACAAUAUGGUGGCGAAAUAUAUUGCAACUGUUGUUGGGUUCUACGCUGUUUCGCUUCCGUUCUUUGAGAAGGAUCAUCCCUUGCUCACUGGAAGUCAACAGAGUGAGCGGUUGAGCCGUUACUACACAUUCGGUCGCAUGUUGGUCAAGUUGGCGGAAGCAAUUGGGCGUUUGGUGUUGGCUGGCAGGGAAAUGUCCCGGCUCGCCGGAUUCACUGCACGCAUGACCGAACUGACGGUGGUGCUGAAGGAUCUCAAUUCUGGCCGGUACGAGCGCACGAUGGUAAACAAUUCGGCCAUUGCCGAUGCGGGCGAUAUUGGGCCCGGUCGGGGUAUGCUCAAGUUCCAGGACAAUUUGAUCAAGUUCGAACAUGUGCCGCUGGUAACGCCGAACGGGGACGUGCUGGUGAAGGACCUAACGUUCGAGGUAAAGUCCGGCAUGAAUGUGCUCGUGUGCGGCCCGAACGGAUGCGGCAAGAGCAGUCUGUUCCGAAUUCUCGGUGAACUAUGGCCGACGUGGGGUGGCAAGGUUACUAAACCACCUGCCGGCAAACUGUUCUACAUUCCCCAGCGACCGUACAUGACGCUUGGUUCGUUGCGCGAUCAGAUUAUUUAUCCACAUACGCACCAAGAGAUGAAACGCCGCGGCAAAACCGAUGCCGACCUGCUGAAGUAUCUUGACCUUGUGCAGCUCACCUAUCUGCAGGUGCGCGAGAAGGGUCUGGACGCGAUCGAGGACUGGAUCGAUGUGCUGUCCGGUGGUGAGAAGCAGCGUAUCGCUAUGGCCCGACUGUUUUACCACAAUCCACAGUUCGCCAUCCUGGACGAAUGUACGUCCGCGGUGUCAGUGGACGUCGAGGGCAGUAUGUACGAGUACUGCCGCAAAGUCGGUAUUACGCUCUUUACCGUAUCGCACCGAAAGUCCCUAUGGACGCAUCACGAUUACUACCUCAAGUUCGAUGGUCACGGUGCGUACGAGUUUGGUCCCAUCGAAGGCACGCAGGAUCAGUUUGGGUCUUAAGUUUCAUCCCGUGUUUUCUUGUUUCUUGUUUUGGUUUCCAACCGACAACCAUUAUUACCACCAUGCUUAGGAUAGCGGGAAACGAAACACAACGUAACACACAGAAAACAUGUUUAGACGCACACACACACGCUCGGUUCAUUUGCUGUGGCUAUGUUUGUUUAUUUUUUUCUUUACUAGAUUUUGUUUUUUUUUUCGCGUACGUUUUUAUUAUAUCUGUAUCUUUUAGUAUGAAUGCAUGCCAAACCAGCACAACAUACAUGAAAUACUUUUGCUAGCGUGUCAUCUUUCUAUUGCGAACGUAACGCUUACGCAUGACAGGCUUAAGUAUGCGUAUUGUGUGUGUCUGUGUGUUGGUGUAGGCCUUGUGGAUUAUGCGAAUGUGAUGUUACGCUACUUGUUUUUUUUCCUUACCACUUCUUAGGAUGUUACACGACGCAAUACCGCGGGCAAAGUUUGCGCAGUCGUGUUUCAUUUGCUAAUGUGUUAGUAGAUAACCGGUUUUUGUUUUAUUACCAUAAUGCUAUAUUUUAUUCUGCUAUAUAUAUUUUUUCCCCUCCCCAUUUGCAAUAAUCAUAUUAGCCGUUUUUGGUAGGUGUUUGUAAAAAAAAUCUAGUACGGGUGCAGGAAACCAUUUGUUUUAUAAGUGCAAAUUCUUUUAAUGUAUACACAUUCUAAUGCAGUACGCAUGGACAAAGGUAUAAUAGUUGGACAAGUAGGAGGCAAAAAGGUGUCGAUAAAUGUGUAUUGUUUUUUUUGUUCUUCUUUUUUUGUUUUGUUUUCUUUUUUUUUAACGAUUCACUUGUCCUAGUUUAACGAUGAUCAUUCCAGACGGAAGUUAUUUUAUGCACAUUAACACAUGUCUAGUACAUGUUAUACAAAUUAUACAGCUUUUCGGUUCGUUCAUUUCAGUGUUCUUACUAGAGACGAAAAAAGAGUUAUGAAAUAAACAAAAAAAACAAUCAAAUUAGCACUAACAA